UGUUUAAACGGAUUUAAGAAAAUUGAAAGUGCCCCAAAAAUGGCGGAUUUCGUCAUCGUGAGAAAGGCUAAUAUUCCUCCUCACACUCCUCCCCCCGGGAUUUUGAUUCUGGUUUAACUGGAUUCGUAAGAUCUCAAAUUUACAAAAUUACAAAUACUAAUACAUUAUCAUAUGUACAAACACGUCAUAUUUUAGCUCAAAAAUGAAUGAAAAAUCUGUACAAAGGACUUGUAAACUUAUUCGAAGUGACUAUACACUUCCUGCCUUUCAUUUAAGAUGAUAUUGUGAAGAAUUAUGUUGGCCAAGCGGGCAACAAAUCACACUUUAAAAUGGCGAGUAAGCUUUGUCGUUGCAUACAGUUAUGGUUGACGUUUCUACUAUGUUGGUUUGCACUACGAGGCGAUCCUGUUACGCAAGAAACUGAAUCAGACAUAGAAAGCUUGUCCACAGAAAAGGAAAAUAUUGGCUUCACCGAACAAAAGGCUACUCCUCAUUUGGCAUUAAUUCAUCAGACACAGACCAUUAUUCAUGACAUUGUAGAGCUAAAUACGUUGGUGACAAGACCUGCAAUUGCACCAGCCACCCCUUGGGAUGACACACAAGUAAUAUCAACUGUCUCAGGGGGAGAUGCAGAGUCUUCCAUAGAACAUCAAAUAAUAACUGAAAAACAAAUUCCUGACGUGGAAAUAUCUAUUUCUAACAUUGAUGAUUCUAAAUCAGCUGGUGAAAACCAAAAGGAGAUAGAGGUGGGCAGUUCUAGUAAUGCUGCUGAUAAAGACAUUGCAGUGGAAAUUACAGGAAACAAGGAUAACAUUUCAGAAAUAUCCUCCAGAAAAGCCAGUGAUAAAGAUGGUGGAGAACUGGAAAAAGUUGAAGAUAGGGAGGAGCAAAGGCAGAUUCCAGAAGGAGUUGAGAAUGUUGAGCUCUCUGAAAAUCAACAGUUUAGUCUUAAUGAAGAAAAAGCAAUCUCAUCAAAUAAGAAGGACAUUUUAGAUGAGAUGCCCCCGGCCAGUGAAUUACCAACACAUCAACUUGACAGCAAAAGCCAGAAUUUACAAGUUGACGAGGAUUUACCGGGAACACAAGAUGGUUUUGAGGCCACACAAGAGGAGCUUGAGAAUUCACAAGAUGCACUUGGGGCCGCCCAGGAGGAUAUGCCUUCCUUUAAUGAAUGGAGUCAAAAGUUUCUUGCCCAGGAAGAGGAGAAGAAAGUUCAACUAAACAACGAGAAAGGAACGUCAGACCCUGGUAUUCCACAGAAGAAAAAGACUAUAGAACGCAAGCAAAACAACUACGCCUCCGUGGAUUGUGGGGCUAACAUACCCGAGAAGAACUCUGAGGCCCAAAAUGCACAUUCCAUUCUCCUGGAAAACAAAGAUUUGUACAUGUUAAACCCAUGUAGCGCCAACAUUUGGUUUAUAGUUGAGCUUUGUGAUCACGUCCAAGUCACGUCCUUACAGCUUGCAAAUUUUGAGAUGUUUUCCUCAACCACCAAAGAAUUCCAAGUAUCGUUCAGCACAAGAUACCCUACGAGGGAGUGGAGUCAACUGCAGACAUUCGAGGCCAAGCCUGAGAAAUCCAUCCAGACUUUCACAAUAGAUCCUAUUUUUGCAAAGUACAUCAAGAUUGAACAGUUAACUCACCAUGGUUCAGAACAUUAUUGUCCUUGGAGCUUACUUCGUGUCUAUGGCAACAGCAUGGUAGAGGAGUACGAAGAACAUGAAUCAUCUCACGACGAGAACACUAACGUCGACGAAGAUCUCAAUACUUCAUCUAAUACUACUGAAAAUAAAAACCAGGCCAAAGGCAUUCUGAAGAGUGCCACUGAUGCUGUACUGAACUUCGUGAAGGAGACAGCUAAGAAGCUUGUUAAAACAGAGGAACAAAACAACUCGACUGAAAAUGCAACCACGUAUUCUGAAGACAACUCCAGUCAACCCCUUCAACCAAAGACUAUCGUACAACUUAUGCCUCGAGAAGACUUCGAGGCAAGUUGCCAUGGAGACAGUGAUGACGCACCUAACCCACCGUGUUUGCCUGGAGACGAAUGCGUUUCAACGGAGUACUUACCUCAUUCGUAUCAGGCUUUUCUAGAAAUCGUGCAUAACGUAUGCGGCCGAAAUUUUAGGCGUGCCAAGGCAUGUUUCGCUAACUUCAGUAAAAGUUUAGUGGGGAAUGUGACGAACCAGGAAGCGAGUCGGAAAAAUCUCACUGAAGAAAUUGAGAUAGAUUCAAGGGGAAACAAGGAAGAGAUAAAUACUGAGGUUGACGUGAGUGACGGUGAAAGUAAAGCUGACGAGAGGUCUUCUAAAGAUAUUGGAAACAAUGUUGAUAGCGACAUCGUUUCGAUUGAAAAAAUGCAAAAACCUGAAGAUACUACAACUUCAAGCCGCACUGCAUCGUCAGAGGAUAGUGGACUAUCUGAAUCAGUUCACGUUGACUCUCAGACAAGCCCAGAUAGCACAACUACCUCAACUGUGUUGCAUAGCAGCACUUGCAAUAACUGUGUCAGCAGCAGCAGCAGCAGCAGUGUACCUUCUGCUACCAUCAGUAGCGGUGUUACAAGUUCAAUAAAUGAUUUAGAUUUUGCUUCAUCACCAACCCCUCUAGCACAACCCCCGUUGGCUGUGAAUGACAACCCAAAUACGAUUGAACCCCCGACUCCGCCACCCGAGGGCGUCGAGAAGGAAAUUAUCAUCCAAGCAAGUUCAGAUUCUCCUAAUUCCGUAUCAUGCGACAAUUUCGAUUGUGUCACAGCCACCACCGAGACUAUCCCCAAUGCCGUUCCCAGUCCUUCAUCGACAUUACAGAUGGAGAGUAUGCCAACUUUAAGUUCUACUGUGGAAAGUGGAGCCCAGAUGCCGAAGAUUUCAACUUCACAUCAGGAUACACCAGUCGAUGAGGGAUUGUCUAGGGAUAACAAUGUACCUGAAGGAUCAGAUAGGGAUACCAAUGAACACGGCGAGGGUACGCCUAUUGUUGACAAGGAGCACGAUAUUGUCGACCCACAUGUUGAUGUCCUCAAAACAACAUUGACCGACGCAGAGACUAAGGAAGGAAGAGCCGAACCUGAGCAACCCAAUGAAGAUACAGCCCGUGAUUUAAUAGCUAAACCCAAUAAAACAACCAUAAGUCAGCUUGAGGGAGAAAAAGAGAUAGAAAAACCCGACAUAGAUGUUGGCAGUAAAGACAAAGAAGUGGAAGCACAUCAGGUAGACACCAUAAAGGAUGAAUUGGAAGAUAGCAGAAUGGGUAGUGAAGUAAACGAAAAAGUUGAAACCAUUGAGGAACAGAAAGAUGCUGUUCUUCUAAAUGAAGAUCACAGACAAACUGAGUUACCAGACCCCAGUUUAAUCGAACAAGAUUUUUCACCUUUAUCCGAAGGGCAAUGUGAGAUGAAAGAUGCUACAGUUUCCAGGAAUCCGGAGGAUUUUAGUUCACCAAACCUUGAUCCCGGUCCCACAAUUAACGCCGAAGCAGUCACAACUCACGUUGGUAAUGGAAAUACAUAUGGGAAAAAAGAAUCGAUAUUUGUUACAUUGAGCAGAAAGAUUAAAGCUUUGGAGCAGAAUGUUACGAUGACGAAUUUGUUCUUGGAAGAACUUAGUCAAAGAUACCGAAAGUCGAUGGAUGAAAUGCAAAAGAAAAUGGAAAAGAAGUUUUCCAUGUUGUCAAAAAACUCCAAGCUUCUUACCAAAGUGAAUUUAGCACAAAAUUCCACUAUCCUUGCUCUGACAAGCAGAGUUAAAGAACUGGAAGUGAAAUUAAAUGAAGCCAUUUCAAGAUUAAAAGUCGUAAACCAGGAGGUGGUGGAACGCCAUGUUGUCGGAUUGUGUUUACAAAUUCUGUUUCUGAUUAUCAUGUGGUUUCUACUGCGCCCCCGCGCAACAGGAAAUACUGACCCCCCUGCAAGGCACACUCUCGUUGGAAAUGGACAUGUGAAAAAUGGCAGUGUGCUGUGUAAUGGUACUGAUUAUCGACAACAAAAUGGAAAUAUUGAACAUAUUGAAAACGAGAAAAAUUACCUUGAAGAAUGCAGUCCAUCUAAGCCGCUAACACUUGACGCUACAUCCGACACUAAACGUCGCCGACGUCGGAAAAACCGCCCGAAUUCUGUGGUCUCGGACCACUCAUUCGAUGCCACAUCUAACCAGGCUCAAAAUAUCGUCUCCAGAACUGCUGGUCUUCUUUUCCAUGCACAAGGAGCCCCCGACAAUCUCCGACCUGUUGCGAAAGAUUCCGGCACACAACGAUCCCAGAGCAACGAUAGUAUACACAGUCUGUCUCAAGACGAGCGAAGAUGGAAUGUUAAAAAAUCUGCAUCUUCACCGAAGUCGAAGAAAGUGUUUUUCCGUAAUAAAGAUGACACGCAUGACGGAAAAACGAAAACGUUUGCCGAGGCGCGGCUUGCGGGAGGACGGCCUAAUGCACCAGGUACAAAGCUUGUCAGAUCGAAAAGUUCUGGAGAGUGUUAUGAGAACAAGUUAGCUCUAUCUGACAUUGCCAUAUCUACAGCAGAAAGCAGAGGAUCACUGGGCAAUGCAAGAUGUUUACCACAACCCACAAGUAAUCCGUUCAAAGAUCAAAAAAGAAGUUGGAUAUGGGGUCUUGGUUGAGACGUAUAUUAUGUUGCUAAACCUUUAGUCACUCCUUUGUCCAAAAAUAAAUUAAUUUCAAUAAUUCGUAUUUAUAGAAAAUCCACAUGUCAUUUAUUUAUUGAAACUAUUGUUGAAUAUUUUUAUAGGAGAAAAUUAAACUUAAUUAUUUC